GGAUGAUACACACACUUUCCAUGAACCGAUACAUCAUUGAACGCCCAUCCUGCCUCGUAACCAUAUGUACCACACAUACAUAUAACCACAUAAACCACACCUCAUCAUCAUAGCCUGAAGCUCCCUUCCUUCCUCAUUCCCUCAUCUGCGCCUUCCCCGCACCUGCCCACCAUCCAACCAACCAUCGGGUAUCAUCCACCACACCACGCACCAAACCAAAGCACGACCUCACACACUCGAUCAACCCAUCCCACCACCCAACCCGUCCUUCCUACCAACAUCUUCCCGCCAUUUAUCGGAGUAAGUCCUAGAACAAAGGAAUAGCUUUGUUGGCAUUUACCUGUGCCUAGAACUUUAUCAAGCUACUCUCUUACGACAUCAGAGCGAGUCUGGAACCGCGAGUUGAGUCGCUGAGCUUCGGAUCUGAGCACUUCCGAUAAGAGACGGCUGGAGCAACCAAGUUGCCGUCGAACAGUGCCGAUUAUUCCUGAGAACAGAAAGUAGCACGUUGCCGCCGGUUAGAACGGGAGCCUCCGCUACCACCACCACCACCAACAAACUCCACUCCCCCACCCCCACCCCCCAACAAUGUCCUCCUCCAUAAAACAAGCCGCCGAAUCGGCCCGGGCCAAAUCCGCCGAAGCCCUCGAGUCCAGCAAACGCGCCGCCGAAAAAGCCAUGUCCGACCCCAUCGGCGCCAAGAACUCCCUCUUCCAAGCCCCCGCCAUGCGCGCCGCCCUCCCCUUCCUCAACGGCGGCCUCGCCGGCAUGGUCGCCACCACCGCCAUCCAGCCCAUCGACAUGGUCAAGGUGCGUCUCCAGCUCGCUGGUGAGGGCGCGCGCACGGGGCCGAAACCGAGUCCCAUCAAGAUUGCUAGGGAUAUCAUCGCCGCGGGAAAGGCGAGGGAUUUGUAUACGGGUCUUAGUGCCGGGUUGCUGAGACAGGCUGUGUAUACCACUGCCCGCAUGGGAUUCUUCGACACGUUCAUGAAGUCCUUCGCAAAGAGCAGCGAGGCCGCGGGUAAGAAAGUCGGGUUCUCGGAGCGCGCAGCUGCUGGUCUCUCAGCUGGUGGAUUAGCAGCUAUGAUCGGCAACCCCGCCGACCUCGCGCUCAUCCGCAUGCAAUCCGACGGCCUCAAACCCCUCGCCGAGCGCAAGAACUACAAAUCUGUCAUCGACGCACUCGCCUCCAUCGUGCGCGCCGAGGGCGUAGCGCGUCUAUGGGCCGGCGCCGCACCGACGGUAGUCCGCGCCAUGGCGCUGAAUUUCGGACAGCUCGCUUUUUUCAGCGAGGCGAAAGCGAGGCUCAAGGGCACUUCCUUGCCGCCGACGACGCAGGUGCUGACGGCGAGUGCGGUUGCAGGGUUCUUUGCGAGUGCCAUGUCGCUGCCGUUUGAUUUUGUGAAGACGAGGUUGCAGAAGCAGGUUAAGGGCGCGGAUGGGAAGAUGCAGUAUAAGAGUAUGAUUGACUGCUUUAGGAAGGUGGCGAGGGAGGAGGGGGUGUUGAGGUUCUAUCGCGGAUUUGCGACGUAUUAUGUUAGGAUUGCGCCGCAUGCGAUGAUUACGCUUCUGGUCGCGGAUUACCUUGGCUUCCUCACCAAGUAAGGGAGGGUGUGAUUGAUGACGGAUAGGGGCAGAUGAAGGUGGUGUGGAUGGAAUUUGGCUGGGCCCCCUCAACAGGGCAACACGUACGCGAUGGGUGGUCAUCGAAACUUUUUCGCAUACCCCCUCAAUAUUUUGAGAGAAAAAGAUGGGAGAUGAGAGAGUGGUAGAAUAUUUUUUUUUCGUUUGAUUGAAAUGCGAUUCGUUCAAUUCAAUUUCUUUGAUUGCUUUGCUCCUUGCUUUCCUCGCUUCCAUGUGUGCAUGAAGAGAUGCAUGCGUUUCUUUUGUGACGAGAGGAGAUAUGCGAUGGGAUAGAUAGAGACAAGACGGAAAGAAUUGAGUGCAUACUUACUACCGACCUACCUUACCUGCAGCGUGAAUUUUGCGUUGUUCUGGUUCUCCUGGAGUUUACCUUGCAUUAGAACACGUUGCGUGCAUUCGACGUGCCUCAAUAAAACACUACCUGCCUGCCGGCAGCAAGAGUAAAAGAUGCACGCACGCAGCCGAGCUGAGCUGUAUAGAGCUCGCUUCCCACACGAUCAUUUGAUCAUAUUCCCAA